AUGUCGUUGUUUGGCAGUUUAAAAAAUUGUACUCAAUCAAAAAAUCUCGAAACCGUAGAUGUUUCCGGUUUAUCGCAAUAUUUAUAUCGAUCACUGGUUGAUAAAGAUGAAAUUGGCGACGGCGGGUUUGCCGUUGUGUUUACAGCGAUGCUCCCGGGUGAACAUGAAAAGAUUGUGGUUAAAAAACUGCUGGACUCGAGUCUUGAAGCAAGAAAAUUACUACUGAAAGAAGCACGACUUAUUAGUCAAUUAAAUCAUGCAAACAUCGUCAAAUUUAAAGGAAUCUGCCUUGACCGAUAUGCACUUCUGAUGGAAUAUGUCUAUUUCGAUUUUAAGCCCAUCGGACACGAUUUAAUUGUACACAACGUUGUUGCGAUGGAAUGCAUCGCUCAAUAUUCCAACAUGCCUCUUUUGACAUUGCGUCUGGCUUAA